CCCGCCACUCGAAUGUGAGUAGCGGUAUCAUACGCUAGUGAUCGGCUAGCCAUUGUCAGCCGCGAUCACUGAGAACGGUGCAGAUUCCUCGUCCAAGAUGGGCUUGUCCGACGAGGGAGAGGCUAAUGUGCAGCAACGAUAUGAAGAACUAUGUUUGGACUUAAAUAUGGACAAAACUGCUGAGGGCGAGGCGUGGGAAUCGUACCAAAGGAUCCAGCAAAAUUAUACUCUUGAAGGUGACCAGCUUCACUGGUUGGCAUGCGCUUUAUAUGAAGCAUGUCGACGCACAGUGGUUCCAACUGUAGGCCGGGGACAAGUAGAAGGCAACUGCGUAUCGCUAACAAGGUUGCUGCGAUCAGCAAAAUUCAGCUUGAUCCAAUUCUUUAACAAAAUGAAAAAAUGGGCGGAUAUGGCGAGUCUGCCUCAGGAGUUUAGGAAUAAAGUUGACCGCCUUGAGAGAAAUUUUGCAGUGUCGACGGUGAUCUUCAAGAAAUUCGAGCCCAUUUUUUUGGAUAUAUUUGAAGCACCAAGUGAAAUAUCACGACAACAGAGGAGCAGAAAACCGCGCCGCCUACCCUGCACAUCCGCAGAUGUUUUCAACUUCGCAUGGACAAUGUUUGUUCAAGUAAAGGGUAAUUUUCCAGCCAUCAGCGACGACCUCGUCAACUCCUACCAUCUGCUGGUGUGCUGCGUCGAUUGGAUCUAUGCCAAUGCUCUUCUUGGAGGACGCAAAGAUUUGCUCAACCCCGAAUUCUCAGGUUUGCCGGACAACUACCACAGUCGAGACUGGAAGGCUCCGGUAGAGGCUCCAUGCAUCAUCCAGCUGCUGUGUGACAAGCACGACGGCCUCGUGGUGGAGGCCAAGACGAUCAAGGAACACUGGUGGAAGCCCCACAUAAAGAAGCUAUACGAGAAGCGGAUUCUCAAAGGGAAAGUAGAGACUUUGUCAGCGAUUUUGGAGACUGGGAACUUUGAAGUCAAUAGCAAGUCAAUCAACAAUGCCUACGAGGAGUAUGUGCUGAGUGUUGGAGAUUUUGAUGAGCGGAUCUUCCUCGGCGAGGAGGCAGAGGAGGAGAUUGGUACGCCGGGGAAACCUGGAACAGACUUUGCAGAACAGAUGGCGAAGAAGAAGUCCCUGAGGCAGCACGUAGACCAGACACGAAGCCUGGCACCAUCUACCCCACUGACUGGGAGAUAUUACCUAAAGGACAAGGACCCAAGUGUCACACCAGUUUCCACGGCAACACAGAGUGUUAGCCGGCUACAAGCUCUCCUGUCAGGAAGGAGGACUUCUCCCAGUGAUGCUCUCUUGGAAAUAUUUGGAGAGUGCAGCAAAGACCCUAUAGAAGAGAUUGUUUCUCGAGUUCAGGAAAUGGGCUAGGUCUUCUGUACACAUUACGUUCAACCUUCAGAGGAUCAUCCUGGAGCCCACAUAGAUUUUGCCCGCCGUCGCCUUCAGCUGGGGGAGAGCCUCUACUAUAAGAUGUUGGAGAACAUUGUGCAGGGAGAAAAGAAACGGAUUGGCAAGGACCAGAAGUCAAAUCCAGCAACAUCUGUGCAAGGUUUACUGGAGCACUCCAUGUUCCAUCGGUCACUGUUGGCCUGCUGUUUGGAGAUAGUCAUCUUUUCGUACAACUCACAAAGAACAUUUCCUUGGAUUGUGGAUGUGUUUGAGAUGAGCUCCUAUCACCUGUAUAAAGUCAUCGAGAUUUGUAUCAGGGCCGAGGAAGGACUUUCACGGGACGUCGUGAAGCACCUUAACCAUAUCGAGGAGACGAUACUGGAGUCCCUGGCAUGGAAACGAGACUCCCCUUUGUGGGACGCUAUCCAGGAGCAUAGUGAGGACAUCCCUAUGUGUGAGGAGGUAACGCCUGCGAAUCAGAUUGACAACAACAGCAACAUAACGUCCUCCCCGCUUACACAUCCCCGAGUGAAAUCUCUUGUUGGAGAAGGUAGAAACACACAGAGAACAGUCAAAGUUGUAGACCCCCUCCAGUCACCUCCAGGUCCGUCAGCUGUCGACCGUUUCUCAUCACCCCAACCCGGCAGUGUCAAACGCCAGCUGUUCGGGCCAGCUGCCCAGCAGCUCUCAACACACGCAGCAACACACACGGAGUUGGUGAAGCAGCUCAACAGCGGCGUUUCGGAAACCGUGGUGGCCACGACGCAGACCGACUCCAACACCCUGUCUACAGGGCAGACCCUGAUAGCUGUCACCAGUGAUGGAAGACAGGUACUAAUCCCGGUGCAGACCCUGGUGUCAACCAGUCCUGGCAAACAGAUCCCUCCCUUCCCCAGCAAGUCCAACAAACCCAAGAAGACUGGCUCUCUACCGCUGUUCUUUAGAAAGGUGUAUCAUUUAGUGAGCGUUCGACUACGUGACCUGUGCGACAGGUUAGAGGUCACAGACGACGACCUACGACGCAAGAUGUGGACGUGUUUUGAACACGUCUUUGUACAUAACCUUGACCUUAUGAAGGAUCGUCAUAUUGACCAACUGCUUAUGUGUGCUAUCUACGUUAUGGCGAAAGUAACCAAAAAACCGCUAACAUUCCAGCAAAUCAUGAAGUGCUACAGAGUUCAACCACAGGCUCAAAGUCAUGUGUAUCGCAGUGUACUGCUCAUCGGCCGUCACCGCAACGCGUCCGGGAGCAGGAGCAGCAAGAGCGGUGCCAGUGGCUCGUCGUCCCCUGUCAACAAGGAAGACGAGAAGGACCGAGACAAAAAGAAAACUGAAAUGCUUGGAUUCAUUCGCUCCGACAGUACUCUUCCUGUCCCCCACCCCAACAGUCAGCCCCCCACCCCCACCAAGCUGCUAGGGGAGGCAACAUUUGACUUUGAGAGAGGAGACCUGAUACAGUUCUAUAACGCUGUCUUUGUGAAGAGAAUAAAGAGUUUUGCACUGAAAUUUUCCUCAGCAAACGCAACAUCUGAUAUACCUCCCUUGUCCCCGCUGCCGUUGGUACAAAGCCAGCAAGCGUCGCCACGCCGUGUCUCCAGCAAAUACUCUGUGUAUAUCUCCCCCCACGCAGGCAGCAUGUCACACACAACUCAGCCGAAAGGCAUCUCAUUCUGCAUAAACAGGAGCCCAGCAAAGGACCUGCGUGCAAUAAAUAACAUGGUCCGCAUGGGGGAGCGUAAGUUGACAGGGAAGAGGAUCCUUGAGGUGGACCACGAUGACGACGUCGAUGACAGCCCGACGAAGAAAAUGUGUUCCAGUCGACUAAUGCGUCGUCUUCAGGAUGUUAAUUCAGAGCGACAGGAGGCAAACGGAAUCGUCAACUAGGACCAAGUCUGAAGCUACACACGAUAAUUACAUGCUCUUUGUGACGAUUUAUACAGACGUAUUACCUUUGUUGUUGAGACCCGACCAUGUAUCAGGUCGGGUAUGCUCUUUCUGUGGAGCUUCGUCAGGAUUGAGAAAUCCUGUGUCUGCACCAGGAACGAUUCAGGGAUGAAUUGGAUCUCAAAUUUGAUCAUUAAUGAAAUAGCAUUUGUUGGUUCUGACCAAGUUGUCUUUCUCCUGUAUCUGAUGAGGGAAUAUCUGUCCUGGCAGCAGGACCUGUGCUUUUCUACAACAGGAGACAGAAUGUUUGAAUGCAUGGAGUUCAGGUGCAGUGAACGUCAUCAUUACAAUGGCGUUGAUAUUUAAUAUGGGAGAAUUGGACAAAUAAUUGUUCCCAAACUCUUUGUCAAUUGCAUAGUUUGAAAAUUUGCAAAUAUUCAACACUUUAGACUUCACUAGAACUCCAGACACAGUUGAUAUUUUUGUAAACUGACAGAUAUUAGAUUUGUCAUCCGAAAGGAUUAUUUUUAUGUGUUUUAGAAAGUUGGAGUCUCUUUGUAACACCCAUAUUUUAAUAUCAUUUAUAUGACUGUCACCAAUCAAGCUCUGUGCAUUUCAAACUGGAAUCAUGCUGAUCGUGUUUGCCCAAGAUGUAGUGUGAAUGCUUGGCUGUGCUUACAGAAGACAAAUGGCUGUUCAUGGUGCGAAGGUCAUGACCUCUGUGGUUUUGACGACUGAUGCGAGUGACUGCUGUGUCGGACUAUUCGUGUUGUGUUCUGUGAGUGCAUGUGCAGUCAAAUGAAGGCAACUGUUGUCUUUAAACAAACAAUUUUCACAGUACAACCGACAGCUAAUCAUCGCAGUUAUUGCGUGACUGCAAGAGUUGAGUCAUGACGAGGAUCAUGAUCAGAUGAAACUGAUAAUCAUCGUUAUUUAUUUUUCGACCUUUUCUGAAGGUUCUUCUAAAGAUAAAAUCUUUGCCGUAAUUAUUAGCACUUCUCUGUAUUAUGUGAUAAAAUAAUGUGAUGUCCUCUCUUAUGAAUUGUCCAUAAGAGUUAAAUGCUUUCAUUCUGUGUUUCAUUACCAGAUAUUUUCAGGUUUUUACAAGAAAUUGAGAAAGCUUUCAGUCUUGAGAAAGUUGUCAAUAAGGGAGAGUUACCUCCCUUGUCAGUGUGAUAUGAUGGGAGUGACCUCCCUUGUAUGUGGGAGUACUAUAAUAUGCAAAUCAAGACUGGGUCAAGUGAUAUUUCCUUGAAAAUAAGUGUCUUCAAGUUGGGUGAUGAAACACAGAAUCAGGCCAUAUAUAAUACUGUAUUUUGCUGUUAACAGUAACUUGUUUCCAGUGAAAACUGUCCAAUAUGUCUUAUUGCUAAAAAUAAUUCUGAUGUUUCUCUUGCAUGUAAGUUAUAUAUAUUUGAAGUAUGGUAUCUGAGAUUGGAUAUUGCCAGGGUAUGAUUUGACAUCCUUUCCAAUUUGUCCAGAAAACUGCCCCUGUCCUAAUGUCCAGUUAGUGGGGCAUAAAACUCUUGUUCUCACUUAAAGCAGUCUUAAUCCUAGAGCCCUACUUGUUACAGUUGUUGAUCUCUUCACAAAUAUCAAGACAGAUAAGUCACCAACCUUCCACAACACAUGUGAAACUUGAAACAUUAGAAAAAGUGUUUGUUUUUUAAAUAUUUUUGGGGGAAAGUUUCGGGAAAUGUCCAUGAGUCUAAAUGUAAGAUCUGUUGUCUCAUGUUAUCAUCAUAUAACCUCUGAUUAAGAUGAAAGAACAGACUUUUUUGGGACGAAGUAAUGGAAAGCAGUAACAUUUGGUUACCAUGGUUACCCCACGCUGUACAUAUAAGUACAGAAACUAGUCUAGAGGCCAACUUUGAACUUUUGUAACAAUCCUAGAGGUCUAAGUUCAAGACUGCUUCAGCCUGACUCCAUUCACCUUCUGUUGGAAACAUUGGCAUGGAUGUGUGUGAAUGUGAUUGUUUUUUUAAUGGGGAGUAUUUUAUACCAGACUGUUUUAGCCGAAGUAGCAUUUUGAUACCCUUUAAAGUUUGUAGUCUUUUUAGCAGGAGAGCGGGAUUCUCUGCUAUUUCGAUACUUUUAGAGACAAUAUGCAUGUACCUGUUGCCAUUUGAAUUUCCUUGACAAGUGCUAUCCUGUCAGUCUUCUAAAACCCUUGUUGUGUAGUGACUUCAUACACAUGGUCACAGGGAGACUUUGGUCCAAGUGGUCAAAGAUAUCUCACACAUGGAUAAGGUGUUUUUUUUGUUUACAAGAUCAUAAUCCUUUCUUAAAAUGUUUCAAGAAUUAAUGGAGAUCUUUUCACUGACUUUAUUGAUUUCAUUUUCAUUAUGUAGCAUUGAUAGGGGUCAUUAUCACGGACAUUUUGAUAUUGAACUGCUUCUUUUUUGGCAUUCAUGUCAUGGUGGAUAAGAGCAGUUCUCUCUUUAGGUUUGCACCAUACUGGUCCGAGCUAGUGAUGGUGUGGAUUAGCAUUGAAUUGAUGAUGUACAGGGCCUUGGAAAUAAUAAUAAUAAAAAAUAAGAAGUAUAUUUAAAAUGCACCUAGUACACAAUCAGCAAGUGUUUGCUCAUGGUGCUAGAUCUUGGCAAUUAGUUAAAUAAUGUAAGGUCUUAAAAAUAAUUGAAGAGUGUCAUUGUGCAUUAUUGAGCCGUAUAUUUUCUCUUUGAAUUCUGAUGAAAAACAAAUCAUGUUACCCUGAUAAUUAGUUCUUCUAAUGAAAUAUUUGGUAUGAUUCUCCAUUGUGGUCAUUAAAAGUGUUACUUAAACAACUCACGGUAGGAUAUUUCAUAAGUAGAAAUGCCUGGAGGGAAUAAGACCUUGGUGCAGGAGGAGAUAACCUUCUUUUGUCCCAUUAUGAAGCUAUGGCUCAACCCCCUCUCUCCUCCUACGUGCUUGACACCUUCUCUCCUCCGUGCUUGACACCUUCGUCACCCUACCAGUAUGACUGCCACCUCCAGUGUGCAACAGCCAUGGAAAGAAUUUUGAAAAUAUUUCCUCCAACACAAAAGUUUGUGACAUUAAUAGUUUUGUGUGUGGUGUUGGGAAUGAAAUUAUGGUGACUUAGGAAAAGGUUUACAACUUAGUUCUGAUAUCGCUGAUAAAUUUAUGUUUUUUCAAGUCAGAUUGAUUUGAGAUUACAGAAUUUGUGGAAACGUGCUCAACUUUUCUCCACUACUUGCAUGAUAUAUGACAUGUGAUAUCAGUUCAAACUAACAUGCAAAGCAACAAAUAGUGGGUGAAUACUACUUGGUGUGAAGAAAGUCAUUACUGGUUUGUCAGUGUGAUGAUCAGGCAGUUGGGAGUUAAAAUACAUGGACUGCCAUAGGCUGUGUGUACAGUUGCAAACUAUGCUUGGUGGCAGCCAUUGUACAGAGAGCACCACAAACAGGCCAUUGCUGUGAACAGCAUGAGCAAUGGCCCUGCUUUGAAUGGGUAACCGUGGCAACACUCAUUGACUGGAGUUUCAAAAAUACUAAAGUUAGAAGUGGAUUUUCGGGCGACCAGGAUAAGGUGGUUUCAUAAUUACAGGAUCAUUAUUAAUGUGAAGGAAUAUUGGAAGCCAUAAAGACAAAUAAAUACCCUAUUUGAGGAAGCUGUUAGUCAAGGAAAACCACAUUUCUUGAUAUUCAGUUUUGCCUUCUUUUUAUGUGAAAGAACAGGUUAAUUUAUACUUCUACUAUGCAGUCCAUUAUCAGUCUUUUUGAAUAGAAUAAAUUCAUUUAUGGAAUUAAUUGUUUGAUUUGUUUAGGGCAACUAACAAAUGUAACAAGUUAGUUGAUUAUACUGAAAAUGCACAUGUACAAAUCAUUUUAACUCUCUUGAUAUGUAUCAUGACUACAUUCAAGUAUGGAUGUUUAUCGGAUUAAGGUAUUUGUUCAAUUGUCUGCUGAUCUCAUAGAAAUUCUCUUGUAAACUACCUCACCUAUAUACCAUGAGAGACCAGAGCAUGUGUUACAAUAGAUUUGUUCAGCCUGCAACAGCUGAACCCUCAGUUUAGAGGAUCUUGGAAUCGGGCAGAUUAUCAAAGAUUUCCUGUAAUCUGUUAAUGAGGUUGAGGAGGAAGUGGGUUAGUUACCUGGACAGUGUGUUUGACCAUCUCACCACUAGUUCUGUUCCUUCUAUAAGGAAAGUGGAUAAGUGGUUAGGAUGACCCAUGAUGGAAAUGUUUAAUAAUUGCUAAAUGAGCUGAAACCCCUCUCCCCCUCUCAAUGUUUAUUUCAAUAUUUAAAUUUCUAUUAAACUGCAUGUUCAAAAUUUCAUGAUACCUAUAAAGUGACAUAAAUUUUCGGACCAGUUUAUAUUUUCAACUUUUUUCAUGCAUUCAAACAAUUUCAACAAGCUCUGACCACAACUAAGAUGGAAAUCCAAAGUUUAAAUUUCCUAAACCAAAUUUUUUUAAAUAAUUAAAGAUUAGACUAUGCUGUUGCAGUACCAACAACCCACCCCAAUGCUUUGGUCUCUGAUAGUUUUGUGUAUACACGUAGCAGGUGUAUCCUUCAUCCCUGCCUUAACAUAGCCGAUAUACAGAGUUGAUAUUUUUGUCAUGUAAACCUUGUAUGUGUAUUACUUGUGUAAUUCAUGUCAAGACAACUGUGGUGUUUCUGGGUUUGGCAAAUAUAAUGUUGAGGCAGCAACAGAAAACUCAGUAUGUUGCACAUGUGUAUAUGUCUAUCUUCACCAUUUCCUGUUCUUUCAUACUGUGAGUGGCCGUUCAGUUUAGGGGUGUAACAGUACGCUCUUAUUACAAUAUAGUAGGUAUUAUGGCACAAGGCAUUCAGUCCCUUUCGGGUUCGGUAUAUGAGAUGUGAUAUAAUGCAGAAAAUUGACAAGAACCAAACCUUAUGGUUAACGUCUUAGACUUGUGCCACUUCUGGAAUCUCCUCCACUAUACGCCGCCAUAUAGCUGGGAUAUUGCUGAGUGCGGCGUAAAACUAAACUCACUCACUCACUCCUCCACUAUAAGCCAACAAGCCAUGAUAUAACAGAAAUACUGUUUAAAUCGGUGUUUGGAGACACGCCCCCUUCAAUGUUACUCAUAUCUCAAACAGUUUAGGGACCGUUCAUAGUAGAUGGCUAUUGGGGGAGGGGGUGGUGGUGUGAUGAUGAUAUUAAGUGGGGGGUCACCCAUUUUGUUCUGGGAAGGUAGAGAGUGUGUGUGUGUAGGGGAGGUGUCAUCAAUUUUGGACGUGUUCUAGGGAGGUCAGGGAUUUUGUACAUGUUACUAUUUUAAGAAUUAUGCUUAAACUUCUGGGAGGGG